CCUCCUCUUCUUCUCACCCCCACUUUGCACUUCGCAGCCUCCACUUCCAGCCUUCCUCUCCUUCUCGCCUCCGCUUCGCAGCCUCCCUCUUCUUCUUCUUCUUCUCAAUUUCACCUCAACACCAUUCCACUGCGAGUCUACGACCUCCCUCCUCCACAUGGAUCUUCUUUUGUUGCCUUCCCUCCAUUCAUUUGCGUCGUUUCAGCUUUCAUCCAUUUGCGCUAUUCCACUGAGGUACUAAUUAGUUUUCUUUCUUUUUUUGUUAUGGCUUAAUUUUUUAACAGUAGUUUUUUGAUACUUAUUGGCUUAAUUUGUUUUGAUUCAACUUAUAUAGAAAAAAUUGAUACCGAUUAAUUUGUUUGGCUUAAUUUGUUGUGAAUCUUUGAUGUGUUAUGUCUAAACCGAAACCGCACCGAUGAACCGAUGUGAACCAACAAACCGAUGUGAACCAACAAACCGAUGGUAGUCGGUUUUAUCUCCAUUCUUUAGUGGUUUCAGUCAGCAUUUUUCCCUUAAAUUCACAUCGGUUUCAGUUUCAGUUUUACUCAAAAACCUCAUUGAAUGGAUCGGUUUUCACUCCUAUUAUUGAUGGUUCAUUUGGAGCCAUCGAUGAGUUGAGAAAGUUGGACUAAUCUCCAAACUAUAAGAUGCCGUCGAAAAUCAUCGACUCCCUUUGAAAAAUUGCAAUAAAUCCGUAGGAAAAAAUAGACGUUGACAUUUGUUCAACAUCAACAAUAUGAAUUCUGAGAAAGAAGUCCCUAGAAGCAACGGCCAGCCAUAGUCUUGAUGUGUAUGAAUAUGUCAGCUAGCAAGGCGCACAUCCUAGCUUGACCACGUGAAGGGAAGAGCUUGCCCCGGAAAAUAUUAAAUGACAAUUAAUGAUGACCACAAUAUAUAAUAUAUAAAACAUUAUUUUUAUUAUUAUUAAUUUUAAUAUCAUAUGGUAAUAAAGGUGGCAAACAAAAAUGAAUUUUUUUUUUUUUUCUAAGCAAGCGAGUAGACUUUAUUAAAAAAGUAAAAAAAUUGAUACAUGAGGAGGGGUGGGGUUCCCCAACAAAUGUCCUAGAAUAGUAACAAUAGUGCAAAGAGAUAGAUAAAAAAACAAAGAAAACGGAUUUUAGCAAACAAUUUCUUGACCUUCACCCAUGUCCAAUCAAGAGGAUGCCGUCUUAAAAGACAGUAAUAAAACGUUUCUCAAUAAAUUGCGAACAGCUCUACUAGAAGCGGUGAGAGUGGCGGGUACACUGUUGUUUGUUGUCUUGAGGUGAUUUUUGGAGAGAUCUGCAAUCCUUUCUUCGGGUGGAUUGAUCUGCGGCCAGUGAUCAUCUAUAAUCCCGCACACUUGUGAUGGUGUGAGGCUGCCACGCGCCGGUGGGAAGAGGAUGGGGUGGCCCAAAUCUAAAAGAUUUCGAUGAGAUGAAGUGGUUAGUACAGCGCGUGUAGCCGUCAAAGGCGUCAGAGUGCGGCGGCACUUGUAGACCACACAUGGCACAAGUCGCUCGUGAGAACAACGCGCCAAGCAUUUUGGCACGGCUCUGCAUCGUCCCAAUAGAUCAGCAGCUAUAGGAAGCAGUGGUACGGCGUGUGUAGGCUGAAUGUGGCUAGAGAGUAACAGAUCUAACCAAAACCGAAUCAUAGAAGAGAGGAGGAAAAAAACAUUACUUUGAAAGUGUAUACACAAUGCGGAAAGGAAAAGAGAAGGAGGAAGGUGAAUUGUGAAAGCCACAGCUCUACUCUCUUCUCCGACAAUGGCUAUCAUAAGAAUGGAGUUUUCUAGAGAAAAUUGAGAGUAUCUUUCUCUAAAAACCGAUUACGGAGAGUGUUGAUACUUUCUAACAAAAAUGAAUUCAUUCAUGGCCUAGUAGUUGUAGGAUUGGGCUACUAUGCCGACACAUUUGCCGCUGGGCCUGCCCAGGUAUCUUAUUUUUUAUUUUAUUUUUAUAUUUUUUUAAUAUAUUUAAAUAUUUUUAAAAAAUAAAAAAAAAAUAUCAAUACAUUAAAAAUUACUUCAUUAAUCUUAUAAUAAAUAAUAUAUCUCUACAAUCAUAGCGAGGAUUGCUUAAUAUUAAGAGAGGAUUCUGGAGUACCCUCAACACUACCCAAAUCGAAUAAAAAAGCAAGAGCCCUUGUGUGUAGCAGCUUUUGAAUUUGAAUGAGUUCUAGGAGAGUUGGUCUCUGUGUCUCAACAAGUUUCAACUCGUCUCGACUUAUCAGAAGACAUGUGGAAAAUAUAAUACUAUUUGGAAGAGAAGAAUAUUUAUGAAAUAUGGAUGCUCUAAAAAGUCCAAGGUUUGAUGGUUUAGAUUCAAACUUUCAACGGUGCGCUGGCAGCUUGGAAAUUGGAACGUCAUCGUCUAUGCCUAAUCUUUUCCAUUGUGCUUAUGAAGUUAUUGUAAAGUCCUACCGGUGCAGAAAAUGCAGAGAAUAAGUAGACAUGUUCAAAUAAGUUGACAUCUAUGGCGACGUGAAAUAGCACAGCAAUUUCUUCUUCUCUCGACCAACAAAUAUCAUUAAGCAGCAGGAUUUGCACCAAAACGAAAUCUAUUCCUACAAUGGCUAGCCCGAAUUCCCUUAUACCUGCAAUAUUUCUCUUCAUCUUGUCAUGUUGGUACCUUGGAGGGUCACAACUUUCUCAUGCACAGAAUGAUGCCAUCAAACCUGGCAAAGUUCUUAGUUACUCGCAGCAGUUGGUUUCAGCAGAUGGGAGAUUUCGGCUUGGCUUUUUCAAUAUCGGCAGUCCGGAUCAUGGUUACUUGGGAAUAUGGUACACAAAUGAUACCUUCAACUUCCGGGUAUGGGUUGCAAACCGAGAGAAACCUGUUUCAGUUGGUAAAGGAAAUCUGACAAUGGAUGCAGAUGGCCUAUUGAAGAUUCUGCAUGAUGGAGGGAGUCCAAUUCCAUUGAAUGCUAACAAAACAGCACCAAACUCGAUCGCUACUCUCGAGAAGUCGGGCAACUUCGUGGUGAAAGAGUUGAAUCCUGAUGGAUCUACCAAGAGGAUGUUAUGGGAAAGCUUUGAUUAUCCAACGAACACACUUCUGCCUGGGAUGAAACUUGGCAUCAACUACAAAACAGGGCAAAAAUGGACGCUUACUUCAUGGUUAACAAGCCAAAUCCCUUCAGCCGGAGGCUUUUCUCUUGAAUGGAACCUUACAACAAACGGAACAAGACGGUUGAUCAUGAGACACCGAGGGGAUACGUAUUGGCUUAGUGGGAUGGGGAGCAAUUCCAACUCUGUGAAUCUUGUUAUGUCUUCUAACGCCGGCUAUUACAAUUUUAGUUAUGUCUCUAAUAAGAAUGAGGGCUAUUACAGUUAUUCUGCUCCGGGUAUGCGUAUUUCGAGGUUGGUCUUGACCCCAGAUGGGCAACUUGCUGAUUUUCCAACGCCUGCUUUUGUCAGCGGUAUCAUGUGUUUUGGUUAUUCCUCCGCUCAAGGGUGUGUGCAGCAGAAAUCACCCAAUUGCAGAACAAGCAGUCAAAAGUUUGAGCAGCGUAGGGGUUAUUUUAUUUCAUCGUCACCUCAUUUGGAUGAGAAUUUAAGCGUCAACUUAUUUGAUUGCAUGGAUCGAUGCUGGAGUGAUUGUUCCUGUGUUGGUUAUACGACACUUCACAAUAAUGGGACUGGAUGCCGGUUCUAUAGUGGUGAUUUUGUAGAAGAAAAAGCUAGCAAUCUAGAGCAAUUCUAUGUUCUAACUGACAUGCCAAAAACUGGAGAACCCAGAAGAAAGAAGGGUGUAUGGCGGAUAUGGAUCAUAGUAGCACCAGUGGGCGCUCUAGCUAUAUCAAUUUGGGCAUGCUUUUUAUGGAGGAAAAAACUGCAAUGGGACCAGGAUAGAGAUCGAGAAUCCACAUUAUUUAACUUGACAUCUUCAAGGAGAUCUGGAGACACAUAUGAGAUUAUGAAUAAUGGGAAGGAAGGUCAUGAUUUGAAGAUAUUCAAUUUUCAUUCCAUUGUAGCUGCUACUGACAACUUUUCCACUGAAAAUAAACUUGGGGAAGGUGGUUUUGGUCCUGUUUACAAGGUAAGGCUCCUUCCCUCUCUCGCUUCCAUUAUGAUUUUGCUAACAAGUUUAGAAGCUACAUCUUUUAUGUUAAUUCAGGGAAAUUUACCCGAGGGGCAAGAGAUAGCUGUUAAGAGACUUUCGAGGAGUUCUGGACAAGGAUUAGUGGAGUUCAAGAAUGAGCUUAUACUCAUCGCCAAACUCCAACACACGAAUCUUGUUAGACUUUUGGGUUGUUGUGUUGAAGGGGAUGAGAAGAUGUUGAUCUAUGAAUAUAUGCCCAACAAAAGCUUGGACUUUUUCCUCUUUGAUCUACAGAAAAGGAAGCUUCUGAAUUGGGAACAACGUUACAACAUUAUUGAAGGGAUUACUCAAGGGCUUCUUUACUUGCACAAGUAUUCUAGGCUAAGAAUUAUUCAUAGAGACUUGAAAGCAAGUAAUAUCUUGCUUGAUAAUGAUAUGAAUCCCAAAAUAUCGGAUUUUGGAAUAGCCAGGGUUUUUGGCCGAAAUGAUGCCGAGGCCAAGACACAGAGAGUAGUAGGAACAUAUGGUUAUAUGUCACCAGAGUAUGCCAUGAGAGGUAAGUUUUCAGAGAAGUCAGAUGUCUAUAGUUUUGGAGUGCUGAUGUUGGAGAUCUUGAGUGGGCAGAAGAACAAUGGUAUUGAUCAUCCUGAGCACGCCCUAAAUUUAGUAGGAUAUGCUUGGGAAUUAUGGAGAGAAGGUAGAGGUUUGCAGCUAAUAGAUUCAACUCUAGUUGAAUCUCAUUCUGAUCACCAAAUCUUAAGAUGCAUUCAUGUGGGUCUGUUGUGCGUACAAGAGUUUGCAGUGGAUAGGCCUACCAUGUCUGGUGCUAUUUCUAUGCUUGCCAAUGAAACUUGGCCUCUUCCCAGUCCAAAACAAGUGGCAUAUUCCACUAAGAGAAAUUUGGCAGAGGAAAGUUCACAUAAAGAAGAAGAAAGUUGUUCGACCAGUAUAACAAUUACAGAGAUGGAUCCCCGGUGAAGAUGGAAACAUCAAUACAACAUAUUCAACAAGGGUGAAAAAAAAAAGGUUUUGUUUGUUUCAAGAACUUUCCGUAAAUAUUAUGAAAGAGAAAUCCUUUGACACCCGAAUUUGUAUCCCGAAUGUACUUUUUUUUAUUACUUAGUGAUUAAAAAAAUAAUUUUUAA